AUACAAGAGUGAAAAUCGCAAAGAUUGCAGAAAAUCCCCAAAAAAAGCCUGUAACUCGGGACGUUGAAGCGACGUCAAGGUAAAUGCAAGAGUGCACGAGUCACGAUGUCACAAAGUAACGCAGCAACGACAAAAACGGGCGACACAAAGACCGAGGAACAAAAGGCACCAAAUUCCUCCUCAUCGUCGUCGUCCGCAGCAGCAGCAGCAAACAAUAAAAAUAUAAAAUUCACGCAGCUAGACACGCAAAAACUCAAAUUAGUGAGCGACACCGUGAAACGAAACCCAAAAAGUGAAUUAGCACAAAGUGAUAUCCUCGAGUUAGUUUGUUACUUGGAGGGCGAAUUGCAAGCGCGCGAUGUCGUAAUUGCCGCUCUCCGUUCCGAAAGCAUAAAAGGUCACUUGAUAGCUGCGUCGCAGAGUCAAAAUAAAGCGAGUAACUUGAAUGAUCCGCAUGCCGCACUGUUUCGCGACUACGUUGCGAGCUCCGGAAACAUCGCAAGUCGUCAAUCCUCCGCUUUGGUGGCGAAAUGCGAGCAAGAAAGUCGCAAUAUUGCCAACGAACGUUUGAAAUUUCUCGAUUCGAUGGUGCUGCAACAACGACAAACGCACCUCCAGAUGUGCAAAAUUCUCCGAAAUGCGGAAAGUAAGGAGAAACAACUCGUCACGGAGCUGGAUGAGGCCCGGAGACGGCAUGAACACGACACGGCACAAGGCGACGACAUCACGUACGGGCUCGAAGUUGAACGUACGCGACUGCGACAAGAUCUGGAAAAGGAACGUGAGGCGAAAAAGAAGCUCGAGAAGGAUCUGAAAAAGUUGCAGGAACAACUGGAACGGGAAAAGACGCGCGAGAAGCAAUUAGUCUUUUUUCUGCUGGUCGAACGGAAGAAACUCGUGCUGAAGUACAUCGAGGAACGCAAACGCUCCGAAGACUAUGCCCUCAUUCUGACAGAGGAGAAACUCAAGUGUGAUACGUUGGCGGAAGGACUCGAGGAGGAGAGCAAAAAAUCGCUGCGCAUGGAAGCGGAACUCGAGAAACAGUCGCAAGCGCAUGCCAAGGAGCGGGAAACGCUGCUCGCGAACAUCGCCAGUGAACAACAACUCGUUCGCGAAAAAGACUUUGAAAUCAAGCAGCUACGAGAACAAAUCGAAGAAUUGAAACGCAGUGGCCCCAAAACAGUUACAGGAAAAUUUAUUUCGUCACCACAAACGAAAUCCGCAACCGGUAUCGCCAAAUCCGUGGUAAGUAGUCAGAGUUUGCGUUCCGCCAACCAAAUCAGUAGUUUAACGAGUAACAAAGCAGCUGCAAUAACGCCGCCCCAACCUCCGUUAAAGAAAGUCGGAAAUCCGCCGCCAAUUCCACCGAACAAACCAAUCGUACCGGUAAAGAGAGACAGUAAUUCACGGAUUCCCUUUGUAACGCAAGUCUCAAGCACCAAUAAUAAUGCCACGACGGCAGCUACAAAUGUCACAUCAGCUCCCAACAAUGCCACGGGCAAUCCCGUAGAAGCUGUCGUCGCAGCAUUUAGCAGCAAUAUUACGAAAUAAGUAAAUAUUAUACAUAUAUACAACAAUAUAUAAAGUAUUUUCUCUGAUAUAUCACAAGAACAGACAUUUAGACAAAAAAAAAAAAAUAAAUAUAUUGACAAAAAAUAUAAAAUUUGAGAAAAAUAUGUAUAGGAGUCCUCAAUAUAUAUAAAAAAAAAAUAAUUAUAACCAAGAAAAUAGCAAUAGAUAGUACUCAUUUCCAAAUUAAAACUUAAUUUUUUUAUACAAAAAAUUAUAAAUUAAUUAAAAAACA